CCUGUGUUGUUGUUGUCACUGAUAGACUAAAGAUAGCAUUACUGGAUUUUAGACGAGAUAGCAUAAAGAGUCAUAAGGCUGAAACUUUUAAAGCUUUGUUUUAAAUAAGUGGGCUGGACUACCACCAUGACUCCAUGACAGUUAAAUGUUUUCUGUAUUCGUGAAUGUGAUUUUUACAGAGAUUCUUUUGAGAAUUCUGCUUUGUCAUUUAAAAGUUUAGUAUGUAUUUUAUAAUUUAUAAUUAUGUCUACACAAAUUUUAAAGUUGCUUCAACUUGAAAUUUCUAUUUAAAAAAAAGACCCAUUCCUUUCUGGGAGUUCUACGAGAAUUUUAAUUUCUUAUUUAUUAUUAACUUUUUAAGGAAUUGAAAUAAAACUUAAAUAUUAAAUUGUUGCUGCAUUCCUUGACCAUGUUUAAAUGGUUAAAUGAACUGUUAGCAGUUAUGGUCUUUAUUUCUUUAUAUAUUUUACUGAAAAAAUUAAUAAAUAUAUUUAUUUCAUUUCUCAAAUAUACAAAGACUUAGAAAAAGUUCUAUUUUAUCAAGAAAGACUUUCUCAACGCAUUAAUCUAGAGCAGAAAAGGCAGUCUGUGAUGUUGUGUUAAAUAUAAAAACAUUAUUUUGAAAGACUUUCAGUGCUGGUAACUGAAAAUGAUGUUUUCAAGCUUGCGUCCCAACACUGAAACUAUAUGUUAGAAGUCUUGAAAAAAUUACCAAAACAAAAAAUUAUAAAUAUUAAUUAACUUUACGUUUGUGUCCUAAGACUUUUUUUAAAAAAAGAGACGUUGACCAUCAUGACAAUAAAAAUUAAAUUCAUGUAAAUUAUUUUUGCAUUUUGAUGUGCGGUGGGAACAUUUGUUGAAGUGCUAUAGCUACUUUAGCAUUUUUAUAUCAAAAUGACGUUGUAAAGUCUCCAUUUAAUUUAAUUAAUAAUUUUAUAAGGAUACGGAUAAGGAAUGCCCAAAGUAGAUAUUUAAUGUAAAGAGGAGAGCAACGCUUAUGACAGUACUAAGAUUUCUAAUCUGUUAAAUGAGUACUGAGAUUUAUAAUCUGUUAAAUGAGUACUAAGAUUUCUAAUCUGUUAAAUGAGUACUAAGAUUUAUAAUCUGUUAAAUGCUUCUAUUUGUAUUUCUAGUGUUCUCAUUUGUUUUUACAGAAAACUUAAAGAAAAUACUAAAAUGGCAAAAGGAUUUCGCCCGCCCUUGGUGCCUCCAUCGCACCGCCGUGUGGACACAGAAUCCAGACGACCAGUUCUGUGCUUGGGCCUGACUCUUGGGGUCACACUUCUUGUGUUUACAAUCUUCGGCAUGUCAGCGUGGAAUGUUUAUGAACACCGUUUCAGCAACAACUCUCUGACCCUUCAGACCAGUGAUGAGGUGUCCAUUAAAGAGGUGUCCAGUGAUCUGUCAGCCAUAUUUUGUCAUGCCUAUAAGGUUUGCUCGUGUUUACAUAACAUUUUUAUUUAAUUUUUGAAAAAUCCAACAAUUAGGCUGCUGUGUCGUUUUGCAUCGUUCUUAAGCUCCACUGAAACUAGGGUUUGACACUCAAGAGUACCAAGCCACAGGAACAUUUACUUUUACUUAACUCUCACAGGAUCAUUUACUUUUACUUAACUUCUCACUCUGUUUGAACUAAAACUAAACAAAAAUAUAAUAAAGUAAAACAACUUAAUGCUACGUUUGCCUUCAGUUUAAAGACUCUAGUGUGAACCUAGUUUGAAGGUAUUUUAAAUUAAGACUGGGUGCCUCAGAAAGAAAAUAAGAAAAUCUUGGGUUGUUAUAGCAACUAACUUAUCUCAAAUGAAGGGAAUAUUAGGUACUAGAUGUACAGAAGCUUAAAAUAUAACAUGGAGAGUAACAAUAACAAGGACCUUUAAUUUUGAUUUGAAAAUAGUCUACUAAGAAGUAAUUCCCAUGUACUAAUUUUCAAGAUUUGAAUAUAAAUGACUAUCAUUAGAUGUUUAUUAAGAUCAUCACCUAGUUGUUAUUUUUUUUUAGAAAUGCAUUUGUUUUAAUGAAAUCUAAAUAAAUUGUUAAGAUUGAUUAAGAAUUCUAUUAUUUUGGAAACAGGGAUUGCAAUGGUUGGGGAAGAUGUGUUAAAUAACUGUGGCUGGAUGCAGUAAGAAUAUGACCUUUGCAUGGCAUGAGCUAUUCUAUAGGCCUUGUACAUAGUUCCUACAAAUUGAAGAGCAAACUCACUUGAUUGUAAAAUUUUUGAUUCAAUUUGCUGCAUAUUGUAAUUGUAUCCAUGAUCAGGUUACGUCAAGAGCACCAGUAACCCUCUAUUUCCUGUCCCAACAUGCUGAAGUAAACACAACCGAUAAAGAUGUAGUGGCCAUCUCCAUCCAUCAACUUCCAGGUCGAGAGUACAGCUAUAGAAGCUUUUACAUGUUGGACAGCUCUGCCAUUAAUGUCUACGCGUGCGGCAAGGAGGAUUUUUAUGGCAAAGGAGGCUCCGAGUCUGAGAUUGUUUUCCUACAAGGUAAUGUGUUAGUUAAUUGAUCAAGAUUACAGCAGAAAUGAUUUUGUGCUGGGGCUAUUUUAUAAAGAAUAAUCAAGCAAUUUUUUUUUGGUACUGGUAUUUCAUUUUAAGAGUGAACUCCAUAAAUGCAAUUUAAUCAAUUCUGUUGAAUUAUUGAUUAACUGACAUGCAUAAUAUACUUUUCUAAAAAAAAUUUAAAACCUUGUCUGUUGUUUGCCAUGUUCAGAGUUUUUGAAAACUGCCUCUACUUCUGUAAUUAGUAUUUGAUUAGUCUUAAUCUAAUUUUUUAUAAUAGUGGUAAUGUAAUUUUUAUAAUAGUUUUAAUGUAAUUUUUUAUGAGAAAUUAUUUAAAUUUACUAAGUUUAUUUAUAAUUUAUAAAUUUUAUCAGGAUCAGAUAACUUUCGGCAGUGGCGGAAAAGCAGAUUUUGUCGUGACUGCACACGCAAACGUGUCUCCAUCCCUAAAUGUGGUGAUCAUCACGAUGACAGGAGAAUGGGCUGGCUGAAUGACACGGUUACAGUCAAUGAUUAUUACUUCUUCAUUGUUUACUAUGGGAGGACCCACAAACAUGACAGUGACCUUGGCAUAUUUGUUAAUGGCUCACUCACACGCACCCAUUUUGACACCCGCUAUGCGGAAAACAAGUGCCACUCUGGAGCCUUUUUCAUUUGUCAGUUUGAACUUCCAUGGCUGUCGAAUAAAGACCUCGUCAUGAGAUUCGAUGAAUUUAAGGACAGGUUUGAAGAGACGCUCGUGUACACACAGUGUCAAAUUCGUCUUGUUUUAUGGAUUUGCCUUUUCGGUGUUCUACCAGUCAUCUGUAUCAUAUUGAUUACAAUCAUUUUCGGAUGUUUUCUCUGUAGGAAAAGAGAGAGAAGUUUUACUACGGUCAAGCAGCAGGCUGUGUCCAAGAAAGGCCGAAGGCAAGAUAAAGAUGGGCUUGUUGACCGUGAAGUUGUGCAAGGGCAAGAGGAGGAUGGCAUGACCAUACAGGAUCAGUGAAUGGAGCCAUAGACAAGUCGUGAGCAGCAAUGUAAAAAGAUUAAUUAUGUGCACCAGUCUUUGGAAGUGCAAGGAAAUCUGAAGAAAAUGUUGUCGGAGAGAAGUAAUGAUCCAUAUUCACAAUCAACCAAGAGGCAUGUCCAUUAAGCCAAACAAUAUGAUAUUUUUAGCCAAAACAAAAAAAAAAUUUCCUUGCCACAUAUUUGCAGUGAUCUCUACAAAGUUGAACUCAAAACACAGGCUCACCUGCUUUAGGUCGACUUGAGCAGCCAGGUGUAGCUCACCUCUCACAGCAAGAUUAAAUAUGGCAUAUUAAGUGCUGGUAACCACUGUUAUCUCCAUUACAGAUGGCUGUGGUAUUGCACUGCUUGACCUUAGCAACUGGGACAAUAGCAGAACAAGGCUAAGGAGAUUGAUUUUUAAAAAAAUGGGCAUCAAUGACCAGUGGUCUCCUAAUUAAACAUUCAUAUUGAAUGUGAACUUAUGUUUAAUCCGAUGAUUUUUUUGCUAAGGGUGAUCUGGUAUUGUGAUAUUACCCCGAGUGUGCCUCUGGCUUCAUUCUCCCCAUAAAAGCUAAACGUAACAGUUAUUUUAGAAAUCAAUUUCCAGUUUGAUAAAAUGUGUAUCCACAAUGUGCUAUAUCAGGUGAUUUCAAUUGUGUUGAACAAGAUUAAGGUUGGGAGACACUACAAAUGAAUUCUUUAUUAUUGUGGAGUGACUUAUGCAAGAAUUAUUUUAAUUGAUAGAAAAACUGAUUCAAAAUCAGGUAAGAGUUAAAAAUACCAGGGACAAAUUUAUGUCCUCCUAGAAGCAGUCUUAGACUUUAACAGCUGAAUUUGUUAUCCCCCUAGAUGCAGUCAUAGACUUUUUUAACACCUAAAUUUGUUGACUUCAGUAUUAUUAAUAGAGGUCUUAUAGAUUCAGUCACAGGUUGAAUCCCAUCUUUUAAAGAACCUACUCUGUUUAAUAUAACAUCAGAUAUCCAAUAUAUAUCAGUGGUUAUUUGAUGGGGUUAAAAAUAAUGUGUUUUUUUUAAGUGUUACCAUUUAUUUUAAUGUUAGCCUAGAUCAGGGGUUUCAAACUCGCGGGCCAUUUGCAGCCUGCUGCAUGACAGCAAAGUUUAGUGUUAAUGCGGCCCACACGUUUUCCCCAUUUUCUUAUCUUUAAUGUGACCCCCCCACGACGGUUUCAGUCGAAUCUCUCUAGUCUAAUUCUCUUUUUUUAUUAUGUUUGUAUAUAUUUUGUAUGUUGAUUAUAAUGGUAAAGACCAUUUUAAAAUCGAACUAAAAGUUUUUAUUUCAUAGCAUUUUAUGAGACAAACAUGGCCAAAGUUCGGUUUUGAGAAAAGUUUUAAAAAGUCAGUUGGUGGGUAAUGCACAGCCAUAAUUGUGUAACUCAUAGCAGUCAGAUACAGUAUCAAAGAAUCCCUAUGAAAAUUGCUGCUAGUGUUUACGAGUCAGGGAAAUUCCGAGCCUGUCAGCUUCAUCACUUUCAAAAGAGGGUUAGUCAAAAAUCAAAAUUCAUUCUCCCUACAAUAGCUUAUUUCUUCGCAUCAAUAAUUCAUAAAUAUGGCAUGCUCCUGCUUGACACGUUUUAGCCUUCAUGGAGAAGGAUAGGGGUGGUUGUUCCUGUAGCAAGUGAUCCCUCAUGGACUUGGUUUUUCUUGUUGACAUUACACAGGAGCUGAAUGUACUCAACAAGAAGUUACAAGACCAGGGGUAGCUUGUCAGUGUUGCCUAUGACAAUGUCAGGGCAUUCUGCACAAAACUUUGUUAUGGUUCUUAAAGAAACCUCUGCCAUUUCCCAACAUGCAAAGUACUCCCUGGACUCAGGCACACAAUUCAGUAGUAACUUAGUAGUAAGUAGACUGAUGCCAUUGCAAAGCUACCAGAAGAAUUUGAUCACCUUUUUUAGACUUCAAAACACAAACAGCCACUUUUUGCUAACCCUGUCUUGUUUAAACUAUCCCCCACUUUUCCCCUUAAAAUGUAGCCGAUUGAUCUUCAGUACAAUUCUAAGUUCAGGGAGGUGAAUAGAAAAACAGAAAAGCAGGGACAUUUUAUGAGAGCAUUGCCCUCCACCGAGAUUUCCAGUUUGUUCAAGAGGAUCACAUGACUUUUUGGGAGUUCCUGUCAGUGGAAAAGCUCUUUUCCACUAUUACGAACUUGAACAGGUCAAAGUUCAAGGCCAAACUUGAUGAGCAUCUUCAAGCUAUACUGAGGGUCUCAGUUGCUUCCUCACUCAAGCCAAAGUUGCUCAGCUGUGUAAGAAGAAGCGCUGCCAGAUCUCUGGCAACAAUGAGUAGGAGGAAGAAAGUGAAGCUUAGUUCUAGAGAACCCUUAAUUUUUUUAUUUGUUAUUAAUAAAGGUUGAGCAGAUUUAACAGUGGUACUUUAAUGAAUUUGUAAUUGCUUUUUUUUGUGGAAUACUUGAUGCGGCCCAGUCUCAAUCAGACUCCACCUCCUGCAGCCCCAGGAUGAUUUGAGUUUGAGACCCCUGGUCUAGAUAUGUUAGACUUUUAAAAAAACGUAUGAGCCAUGAGAUAAAUAAAAUUCCAUAACAGUUAUUCUGAUUUCUUUCUGAAGCAAAUGUUAAUGGCAUUUAAAAAUUAAAUCAUUAUCAUUCAUAUAGGUAUUUUUGUCAUAAUAAAAAGAAAUGUUACACUUUGUUAUCAAAGAUAACAUUAUCUGCCUUGACCACCUUCUUCUCUUUUAAAAAAAAUGUAUGGACUUGGUACUUCUUAUGCGAGACAAAUUGUGAACAUCUCAAACUACUAAUCAUUGUUGUAUAUAUCUCAUCUAUUUCUAAUUAACGAUUUUAGUUUUUUACCAAUUUUUAUACUUAUUAUGGUACCACUAGUACGUUUUAUCCUUAAUCAGUCUAUGGUAAAUUUUAUCUGUCAACAUUUUCGGUGCAUUAGAGGAAUUUGAGCUCACAUUAAGAGAAGUCAUUUUUUUGUACAAAGGCAUCAGUCAUGAAAAGAAGUAUUACAAAUGAAAAAAGCCAUAGUUAUUAACAAAGUUAGUAUACCGGUAAAUAGGUUAAAGAAAAAAAAAAGUUAACAUUGGAAGGUAUCAGUAAUUUUUGUGUGGCUUUAAUCAUCUUGAUAAAAUCUGGUAUCAGCUGAAUUGUAAAUCAAAACGGAAAUAGAUAUUUUAAUGUUGGGUUUUUCUAAAUACUCGUAGGAUGCAACUAAGUUUAUAACUAAUUAGAUAUGCUCUCAGCCCAUGAUACGAUCAUCUCAUCUAAAAAUCUAUUGCUGAACUGAAUAUUCUUCAAAUUUUACAACCUUAUUGUGUUCCGUACCCUCCCCAAAUUUGUAAUUAAUGACUUAUUCACUAAUGCAUGUUGUCAUAUUAAAUGUCAAAUGUCUUCUUUAAUGCUAGUUAUUGGUUAUUUCAAAUAAUAAUAAUUAUAAGCUGUGGUUCGUUUUGACAAACACAUACAAUAGUUUUUUAUGGAAAACUAUAUAUUUUGGAGAAAACAAAGAUUAUAAAAAAUUAUGUAUUUUUGUUGUGAAAUAAAAACUGAAAUUUGUGUCGAAAUGUUUCUGCUGCUCAAAGUGACAUAAAGUUUAAAAAAAGCAUAAACUAGACCAAAAAGAGAAAAGAAAUGAACUGUGGCCAUCUAAAUA